GUCACACUCGUUUUAACAGCUGACUGUAUCAAUAAAUAGCCAUUUUAUAAGUUUUGGUUUGUUUUCCAUCGAUUUCCGGAAUUCGACGUGCAUCAUACGGAAAAUGAACAAGCGACGCCACAAGGAGCGUGAACUGGAACAGCAACGCAACGGUCAGGAGGGAGACACUAAAAUGAACGACCGCAACUUAUCCAAAACGAAGAAGAUUAAGCAAAGGGCGACCCGCGAUUCCUCUAGCUUAUCAGAUUCCUCCAAUGAAAGCAACAAAUCCAAUCACAGCUCCCUGUCGCCUAACAGAAAGCAGCCGGCGAUCGGUAAGCGACAAAGGGACUCUUCUGAUUCGCAGGAGAAACGCCCCAAGCAGUUAACAAAGCCGUCGGAGGACGUACAUGAACAGCGCUCUAAGUGGGACAGUCCGGAACGCAGCAGCUCCCAUCGCAACAGUACAAGGCAGCGCCGGAACAGCCGGAGUCGCUCAAGGGAACGUAGCGAGAGAGAACGGGAUAGGGAUCGUGAGCGAAACCGCGAGCAGGACUGUAACAUGCAAUCUAGCAAAGAGCGCUGUCACCGUUCGUCUGCUCAGCGGCAUCGUUCAAGGAGCAGCGAACGCAAAAAUAGGGAGCGCGAUCACCAGCGGAGGUCUACAGAAAGGCGCCCGGUUCGCCGUAGUCAAAGUCCACGAGAUCGGUACCACCACGGCGGGCGGGAUCUUGACCAGAGACGCCAACGAAAUCAGCGUCGCGACAAUAGCAACAAGAAUGAGGAUGAUCACUACGUCUGGGGAAAGGAAGUCGACGAUAAAGUUCCAGGCGAGAACGACGUGCCGGUGGACAAGGAAAAGCCCAACUUCGGAUUAAGUGGCGCGUUAACAGAAGACACUAAUAAGUUAAACGGUGUGGUGGUUAAAUACUCAGAGCCUCCGGAGGCACGUAAGCCCAAACGACGCUGGAGAUUGUACCCGUUCAAGGGCGAAACAGCAUUGCCGACGCUGCACAUUCAUCGACAGAGUUGCUUUCUGGUUGGACGCGAUCGAAAAGUGGUCGAUCUGGCAGUGGAUCAUCCUAGUUGCUCCAAACAACACGCCGCCCUGCAAUAUCGACUGGUGCCCUUCGAGCGGGAAGAUGGUAGUCACGGAAAACGCGUGCGAUUGUACCUUAUCGAUCUGGAUUCGGCAAACGGAACGUUUCUCAACAACAAGAAGAUCGAUGCCAGGAAGUACUACGAGCUAAUAGAAAAAGACGUCAUCAAGUUCGGAUUUAGUUCGCGCGAGUAUGUUCUGCUCCACGAAAACAGUAAAGAGGACGAGGAGGACGAUGAUGUGCAUAUCAAGGAUGAGCCGCAGGAUGCACCUGUGGAAGUGGCGAAUCCCUAGAUGACAUACGUGUCAUAAUGGUUUAAUAUGUUUAUUCCGAACCCAAGUUUAUGUAUCGCGUUUUGUACCCCCAAACCUUCGGCGAAAGAUAUGUAAAAAAUCUGCUAUGCUAUGAGUGUUCACUCCCAACACAAUAAUAAAUUCUCACACACA